AUGCUGAGUGAAGUUCCUAGUUUUGACAGGCGGCUGGGCGAGAACCCAGAUGCUAUUCCUGAAUCUGGUGAUGGCGCUGACGAUGGUGGGCUGGAUGACGAAACUUAUCGUACACUGCAAGCUUUCAACGUUGCUGUGCAGCCGGGAGAGAGCACUGCAGUUGAGACGGAACUCAGCCAUGAAAAAACUCACGACGCCCCGAGUGCUGCUGGAGGAAAUGAGACAGGUGUUGAGAGCGCUACUGGUGACGACUCACAGAGUGACGCCGACAACCAGAGCAACUACGCAGCUUCUCAAGACGACGGCUCCCAAAAGGACGAAGAUGAGAUCCAAGCAGAGGAAAUCCAACCCGAAGAGCCCCAGGGAGAGCCAGAUGCCGACAAACAAACAGGAACCCCUCGGGUCGCGUCCUCCGCUCCCUCCGAGCUACAUGUCGAAACAGAGGAGUGUCUCUACUGCAGCGAGGAACUCCCCAAAGAUGAGAUUUUCGAAGCACCCUGCGCCCAUGGAAUGUGCCAGCCAUGUCUCAUCAACGAAAAGACAUGCUCUGCUUUCAUACCCCUGCGAUUCAUUGAAGCUGGAGUUGCCCGCUGCACUCGCUGCGAGAAGAAGACGUGUCUCAAUUGUCAGAGCAAGACACAUCAGGGUGUUUGUGCCGAUGACACUGAGUCACAAAGAGUUGUUCGUCUGGCCGAGGAACAUGUAUGGCGACGUUGCGAACAAUGCAAGAACAUGGUCGAGCUGACCCACGGCUGCUUUCAUGUCCCUUGUCGUUGCAAGUACCAGUUCUGCUAUCUCUGCGGCAAACAGUGGAAGACUUGCGACUGUCCUCACUGGGACGAGCAUCGCCUCAUGAUGCGAGCAGGAGAAAUCGCCGCUGCACCAGCACAACUAGCGCGACCCAACGAGCCCAUUGGAUGCCGUCACCGAGACGUCUUUGACCGUGUGGACGGUGAACAUGUUUGCGACGAUUAUUGUGACCUCGAGGUUUGCCAUGACUGUCUCUACACUCGCCGACGCCAGUGGAGACUCCGACAUUGA